AUGGAGUUGGACUCGAGACUUGGUAGAAUAAGAACACAGUUGAAUUCCAAACUUGAAAAUCAGAAACAACUGGCUCUUGUGCUUCAGGCCGUCGAUGAAAACUUGAAAGAUCAAAAGCAGAAGCAGACUCCCGUUACAUAUUUUGUCUCCUUCCUUUCUCUUUUGGAUCAGUGCUGUGAUGGUGAAAACAUCAAAGAUGGAAACCUUGCUGCUGUGGCUCUUUAUUUCCUGGACUUGGUGUCUCCGUACACGCCGAAACAGCUUCUAAGAUCAAAAUUCAGUGAAAUUGUCGCACGUCUGGCUCCCGCCUUGUCAAGUGACGAGUCUGGGGCUCCAUUGUUGAGAUCGAGCAUAGGUGUUCUUGAAAGCCUUCUUGUUGCCCAAGAGACUGGUGCUUGGAUUAAUUCGAACAACUAUAAGAUUAGCCCAAAAAGAGGCCUCACAGGUCUGCUCCAGCUGUCUAUGGAUCACAGACCAAAGGUUAGAAAGAGAGCACAAGAGGCUGUGCACAAAAUACUGAGCACUGUUCCGGCUGGGCCUUCUCUUGAGCAUCCUGCUUCAACCCUUUGUGGUGAAUUUGCACUGAACUCGGUCAUCAAAUUGUUGGAAAGACAACAACAGGAGAAGAAAAAUAAGGAGCUCAAUACUGAAAUAAUACACAACUUGCAAUUGAUUGCUGCUAUUACAAAGGCCAAUUCAUGGCCUUUGAGACAAAUAAUGCCGCUUUGUGACGUUCUUCUUGUUGUGGCCAAGACCAGUGACCAGUACCUGGUUUCGUCCUCCUUUGAAGCUUUCGAAGGACUCUUCCAAUCUAUGAAUGACAAGGUUGACGAAGAUAAAUUUAUUCAAGUCCUAAACGUGCUAUUCGAUCUCAAACCGGCCCUUAAUGACCAGCAUCUGACCCCAUCCUGGUUGGCCGUUAUUGCUAGGGCUCUCACUUCCUACGCCAAGUCUGUGGACGCAUACAAAUGUAUCUUGAAGCUACCAGACGUCUUCAAAAUCGUGGGUGAAUUUUUCCUGAGCGAAAAUCCCAAUGUUCGUAUCAGUGCUUCGCAAUGCCUGAUUGCAAUUGUCACCGACUCAGUUGAUGUGAAUUACCUUCUUGAACCGCCAAAGACACUUCCGGAGGUUUUUGAAAACGUUGAAGAGAUUAUAGAACAACUUUCUGAGCUAACGAAUGAAUACUUGACGGUUAAGUAUAGGGAAUCUGCCAAGGAGAUUUGUGAAGUCAUCAUAAGCAUUCUGGCUAAAUUCAGAUUUCGUGCGGGCCCCUAUUUUGCUAGCCAUCUACAAAUAAUCGGCGACUGGCGGUCCAAUGAACUGGAAGGAUUCGAACUUAACCAAGUCAGUGAAAAUGUUAUUGCCGUCGCUAUCGGCUCGAUUGGGCCGGAAGAAGUUUUGAAAGUGCUUCCAUUGAAUCUCACCAAUCCACAAGCUAUUGGGAGAGCUUGGCUGCUACCGCUUUUGAGAGACAAUGUAAGACAUGCUAGUCUGGGAUUCUACAUUUCUGAGAUUCUUCCAAACGUGGAAUUCUUUGAGCGAAAAAUAGCUGAAGGAAAUCCAGAGUCCAUGAACAUCAAGAUUUUUGCCACAAUUGUGGAUCAAAUUUGGUCUCUCAUGCCUCACUUCUGUGAUCUUCCUACCGAUUUAACUCAAAGUUUCACCGACGAUUUUGCUUCUAAAUUGGCGGGACUUUUGUAUGAAAAAGCCGAUUUGAGAAACACGAUUUGCCAUGCUCUCAAGCUCCUGGUGGAAAGUAAUGUCGCUUAUUCAUUGGGUGUUUUGGAGGAUAUGGUUUUAGCACAAAAAUUCCCCUUAGAGGAAGCCCAAAAGAAUAUCGAAUAUCUCUCAGCUACAAAAGCAUCGAAAUUGUUGUCGGUGCUGUUCAAUGUUUUCUCUCAAACUUCAAUGGCCCAAAGAGGUUUUGUUCUGGAAACAAUUGAUGCAUACUUGCAGAUUUCGAAGCCGGAAGAUCUUUCUGCCACCUUUGACAAAGUUUGUUCGAUUUUGAAGCAAGCGUUGGAUGACGAAAAAGAAACCGAUAUGAUCAAGACGGAUGAGCCAUCUGCGAAGUCCAGUAUUCCGAAAUUGUCAAUCACCAUGAUGGACCUGAUAGUCUUGAUGGCUAAGUACGUCCCUGAAUCUUGCUACAAUGCGUUAUUCUCGAUCUUCAAUCAGACAGUUAAAAUUGCGGACGUUCAAAUCCAGAAGCGUUCUUACAGAAUCGUCAGUCGGCUAUUGGAAGCGGAUGCCGGACAGAAAGCAGUUCUGAAUUUCAUUUCUAAUAUUUUGUCUCUUCUUCUCGAGACCACAGAGACUACCAUGACGGCAGCCAAGUCCGCGAGAUUUGCACUGAUUCUGGAUAUCAUCAAGAUUUUGCCAGCAGAAAACCUGCAUUUCAUUCCUGCUGUUGUCUCAGAGGUGAUCAUCAGCACAAAGAGUCUGAACGAGAAGACCAGAGAGUCUGCUUACGAAACUCUUAUCGUGAUGGCUGCCAAGAUGGCUGAAUUUGAAGGAACCCCAGUUAAGAACUCGAUGAACGAUCCCGAGAUGCCCGAUUCGACCGCCUCGCUUCAAGAAUUUUUCACCAUUUGCUCUGCAGGUUUGGUGGGAGCCACUCCGAAUAUGAUCAGUGCUGCUAUCACUUCGCUUGCUCGCUUAGUGUAUGAAUAUCACUCGAAACUGGAUAUUCAGUUCAUAUCCGAACUAUACCAAACAGUUGAACUCUUCUUGACCUCCAAAAACAGGGAAAUCAUCAAGGCUACGCUUGGCUUUGUCAAAGUUGCGAUUUUGAGUUUGCCGGAAGAGAUGGUUGCACAGAACAUGAAAGGCUUACUGACCAACUUGAUGGCCGCCUCUCAUGAGCACAAGAAUCAUUUUAGAUCAAAGGUCAAACACAUCAUUGAGAGACUGAUCCGAAAGUUCGGAGUCGAGCUUGUUGAGGAAAGCAUCCCCGAGGAGGACAAGAAACUUGUUGCCAACAUUAAGAAGUCGAAGGCCAGAGCCAAGAGAAAGAAGUCGCAAGCUACAGGCACAAAUGCUGCAGAGUCAGGAGUGAUGUCUGGUUACGAGGCAGCUCUGUACAGCGAUUCUGAGUCCGAAGAGGAGGAGGAUCAGCCAUCUGGAAAGUCUCAACAAUACAUUUCCGAGUCUAGAGAGAUGCCGCUUGAUCUGCUGGACAAGCAGACACUGACUCACAUCUCGUCUUCAAAACCAAAGAAAUUCACGAAAAAGACAUUGGAGAACGAGUUCAAGACGAAGAAUGGUAAGUUGGUCAUUGAAGAAGCCGAAGAGCAGGAAGAUGUACUCAAUAAAGACUCUAUCGAUGCAUAUGUGGAGGCUGUCAGACAGGGUCCAAUCAGAGGCCAGAAAAAUAGACUUAGAUACAAGCACAAGAAAGGAGACGACAUCAAUUGGGACGAGGAGUCGGACAACGAGUCCAAAUCGAAACCAAAAACCUCCAACAAGGUUCAGAAACCUCCGCGGAAGCAGAAGAAGUUCAAGUCUAAUAGACGUUUAUAG